UGGGGCUGGGGGUCCCCGGGUGUUCAUGUCCCGGGGCCGUGGGGUCCCUGGGUGUUCGUGUCCCGGGUCCGUGGGGUCCCCGGGUGUUCGUGUCCUGGGGCCAUGGGGUCCCCGCGUGUUCGUGUCCCGGGGCCGUGGGGUCCCCGGGUGUUCGUGUCUCGGGGCCGGGUAUCCCCGGGUGUUCGCGUUCCGGCCCGUGCGGUCCCCGAGUGUUCGUGUCCGUCGCAGCGCCGGUCCCGGUCCCGGGGUAACGUGGGCGGUGCCGGCACGCACACGCGCGGCGGCUCCCGGGGCGGGCAGAGACACCCCCGCUCCCCGCGCCCCUCCGCCUCGCCCAAUCCGAGCCCGGCAGCCUCACCCUCGCCCAAUCGCCUCUCGCCUUUCGCGCAGUCCCCGCCUCCCGGGGGGGCGGGCCCGAGCCCGAGGCGGCGGCCGCGGCGGGAGCGGGAGCUGCCGGCGCCGCUCGGGUGUCGGGGCCGGGGGAGCCCCGCAGCCCCCAGACCCCCCCGCAGCCCCCAGACCCCCCCGCAGCCCCCAGACCCCCCCCGGCCCCCCGCAGCAUGCGCCCCGCGGGGGUCUGCGCCGCCUCCCUCGGCUCCCUGGGGCUGCUGCGCUUCCUCGGCGCCCCCUGGUCCUGGAGCUUGGCCGCGACGCUCGGCGUCUGCCUGGGCAGCGGGGGAUGGCGGCUGCUGCGGCUGCUCUUCCGGACGGCGCCGCGGGACCUCUUCGGCCUCUUGGUGCUGUUACGAGUCAAGUACAAUUUGCGAAGGCACCAAAAAGCCAAAAGCACCGUCCCCAAGAUGUUCCAGGACGUGGUCCGCAGGCACCCCGAGAAAGUGGCCCUGAUUUACGAAGCCACCGGCGAGCAGUGGACCUUCAGGAGGCUGGAUGAGUACUCCAACGCCGUGGCUAACUACUUCUACCAGCAAGGUUUCCGCCUGGGGGACGUCAUUGCGAUCUUCAUGGAGAGCCGCCCUGAAUUCGUCGGCCUCUGGCUGGGGAUGGCAAAAAUCGGCAUCGAGGCGGCUCUGAUCAACUUCAAUCUGCGCUUGGAUUCUCUGGUUUACUGCGUGACGACUUCGGGGGCGAAAGCCGUGAUCUUCGGAGGGGAGCUGUCAGCAGCAAUAUCCGAAGUGAACGGGAUGUUGGGGAAGAACAUGGUCAAAUUCUGCUCCGGUGACUACAGCCCGGGUGUCGUUCCUGCGGAGGCCAGGCACCUCGAUCCUCUCCUGAGCGCCGCCUCGAGGUCACCCCCGACUCAGAUUCCAGUCAAAGGCUUGGAUGACCGGCUCUUCUAUAUCUACACGUCGGGAACCACGGGAAUGCCCAAGGCUGCCAUCGUGGUGCACAGCAGGUAUUACCGCAUCGCUGCCUUUGGUUACUACGCCUACAAAAUGCGGCCGGAGGACGUCCUCUACAACUGCCUCCCCCUCUACCAUUCCGCAGGUAACAUCAUGGGAGUGGGGCAGUGCCUAAUCCACGGCCUCACCGUGGUGAUCAGGAGGAAGUUCUCGGCCAGUCGCUUCUGGGACGACUGCACGAAGUACAGAUGCACGAUUAUUCAGUAUAUCGGGGAAAUCUGCAGGUAUCUUCUGAAUCAGCCGGUCCGAGAGUCAGAAAGCCACCACUGCGUGCGGCUGGCGGUGGGCAAUGGUUUGAGACCCACCAUAUGGGAGGAGUUCACAAAGCGCUUCCGAAUUAAGCAGAUCGGGGAGUUCUAUGGGGCCACGGAGUGCAACUGCAGCGUCGCCAACCUGGACGGGAAGGUCGGUGCCUGCGGCUUCAACAGUCGGAUUUUGCCCAACGUGUAUCCCAUUCGCUUGGUGAAGGUCAACGAGGACACGAUGGAGCUGAUCCGGGAUUCCGGGGGGCUGUGUAUCCCCUGCCGCCCAGGAGAGCCGGGGCUGCUCGUCGGUCAGAUCAACCAGCAGGACCCCCUGCGCCGCUUCGACGGCUACGUCAGCGAGAGCGCCACCACCAAGAAGAUCGCUUACAACGUGCUGCGGAAGGGGGACCAGGCGUACCUCUCAGGAGAUGUGCUGGUGAUGGACGAGCUCGGGUACAUGUACUUCAAAGACCGGAGCGGGGACACCUUCCGCUGGCGAGGAGAGAACGUCUCUACCACCGAGGUGGAAGGAACGUUGAGUCACAUCCUCAACCAGACGGACGUUGCGGUGUACGGGGUGGAAGUACCAGGGGUGGAGGGCAAGGCGGGGAUGGCGGCGAUCGCGGACCCCAAGGCCAAAGUCAACCCCAACGUCCUGUACCAGGAGCUGCAGAAGGUGCUGCCGCCCUACGCCCGGCCCGUCUUCCUCCGGCUCCUGCCCCAGGUUGACACCACAGGUACAUUUAAGAUUCAGAAAACCCGCUUACAGAGGGAAGGGUUCGACCCCCACCAAACCUCGGAUCGCUUGUAUUUUUUGGAUCUCAAGUUGGGAAGAUACGUUCCUCUGGACGAAUGCCUUUACGAAAGGAUUUGUGCCGGAAAAGCCGCUUUAUGAUCCGCGCGGCUUCGGCCUUUUUGAGGAAGCCGAUGACUAACGGGCGGGCGGGCGCUGGAUUCCCGCGCCGUUCCCCCGCCGAGCGCAUUAACCCCCCUUAGAGAGUAUUUUUGUAGCCGCUCCCCGCCCGGGGAGGGGGGCGAUGGCGAUAUUUAUUCACGGAGCUACCUGUGCCCCGCGCGGCGGGGGGCGCUUCCCAGCUCCCUCGCUGAACGUGACUUAACCAAUUUAGCCGAUUUUUAACCUC